GGAGCGGGGGAGAAACCCACAGCCAUGGAGGUCGCCACGGACCAGCCCCGCUGGAUGGCCCAUCACGCCGUACUGAACGGGCAACACCCGGACACUCACCACCCGGGACUGGCUCACAACUACAUGGAACCGGCGCAGCUCCUCCCUCCGGACGAAGUGGACGUCUUCUUUAACCACCUGGACUCGCAGGGCAACCCGUACUACGCCAACCCGGCCCAUGCCCGAGCCAGGGUCUCCUACAGCCAGGCGCACGCCCGCCUGACGGGGAGCCAGAUGUGCCGGCCCCACUUGCUGCACAGCCCCGGCCUGCCCUGGCUGGACAGCGGCAAGGCGGCCCUCUCGGCGGCCCACCACCACAACCCGUGGACGGUGAACCCCUUCGCCAAGGGGCCCCUGCACCCCUCGGCGGCCGGCGCGCCGCCCGCCGCCCUCUCGGCCUACCCGGGCGGGGGCGGGGGCGGCGGGGGCUCGGCCUCGGGCGCCGCCUCGCACCUCUUCGGCUUCCCGCCCACGCCGCCCAAGGAGGUCUCGCCCGACCCCCACGCCGCCGGCAGCGCCGCCGCCUCGCCCGCCUCGGCCGGCGGCCGGCCCGACGACAAGGAGCCCCUCAAGUACCAGGUGGGGCUGGCCGAGGCCGGCCUGAAGAUGGAGAGCGCCAGCCCCCUGCGCGCCAGCCUCGCCGCCGCCGCCUCCAUGGGCGCCCAGCCCGCCACCCACCACCCCAUCCCCACCUACCCCUCCUACGUGCCCGCCGCCCACGACUACGGCGGCAGCCUCUUCCACCCCGGCAGCUUCCUCGGCGGGCCCGCCUCCAGCUUCACCCCCAAGCAGCGGAGCAAAGCCCGCUCCUGCUCAGAAAGAAAUCCGGUUUCUUCGUGUUUCCAUUUAGAAGGCAGAGAGUGUGUCAACUGUGGAGCUACUGCCACCCCUCUCUGGAGAAGAGACGGCACUGGGCAUUACCUGUGUAACGCCUGCGGGCUCUACCACAAAAUGAACGGUCAAAAUCGACCUCUCAUUAAACCUAAACGGAGACUGUCAGCAGCUAGGAGAGCAGGAACUUGUUGUGCCAACUGCCAGACAACCACCACCACCUUAUGGCGACGUAAUGCAAACGGGGACCCAGUCUGUAAUGCCUGUGGACUUUACUAUAAAUUGCACAAUGUGAACAGGCCUUUGACCAUGAAGAAGGAAGGAAUCCAGACCAGAAAUAGGAAAAUGUCCAACAAAUCCAAGAAAAGCAAGAAAGGCUCUGAGUGUUUUGAAGAACUUUCCAAGUGCAUGCAAGAGAAGUCUUCUCCUUUCAGCGCUGCUGCCCUUGCCAGUCACAUGGCACCCAUGGGGCACUUGCCACCUUUCAGCCAUUCUGGACACAUCCUACCAACGCCUACCCCCAUUCACCCAUCUUCCAGCAUCUCAUUUGGACACCCACAUCCAUCCAGCAUGGUCACAGCCAUGGGAUAGAAUCUGAAGAUCCAAGGACCCUAACAAAAAAGACCUAAAAACACUGGGCUUUGCCUAAGAUGACACCAAGGAACGAUUCUGCCCAGAAGAGAGAAUGUAGGGAAGGAAGGGAAAAUAAAAGGGGAUCUCAUUCCAGUGUGGUUCAACUCUUAGUGCUGGACCUUGCAAUGAUGGGUCUUCUGCAGAAAUGCUUAAUGGUGCCUGUUAUGCACUUUGCCCCCUCAGGUAAAAGGAGAAAGAGGAACUCACCUGUUUGAUAGGAUACCUGCUGGUCCCAGCAGAAAGCAAAGGUGGCUGAAGCGGUAGGAGAAGCUGGAGCCAGCUUUCCUUUCUCUUUGUUAAUUACUGUGAAUAUUGUAAAGAGAUUAGCAGCCUCCCGAGGCAGAGGAAGCUGAGUGGUAGCCACCCAUGCUGGAUUUCUAUCACGGACUUUGUUUUGGGGGAAGAAAAAAAUGGACAACUUUAUAAAAAUCUACUUUUUAAGAAAACAAAUCAGACGCAGAAAAAUCAUUAUUUAUUUUGCUCAUAUUCCAGAAAGAGCUUCAAAACCCUUGCAUGUAUUUGUGGAUCUUAUUUUAUUUUUUAAAAAGAAAUGUUCACCCUAGUAGG